AUGGCCAAGCUUGGUCCCCCCAUCCCCGUUUUCCCCUCCCCCUCCCCCCGCCAUCCCCAGAACGAGAGCAACCAGGCCAACUUCGAGAAGCUGAUCGAGGCGCUGAAGGGCAGCCGGAACGGGCGGCGCCUCGGCGUCUUCUCCAAGGACAACUUCCCGGGGGACUUCCUGCGCUCCUGGAACGAGUGCCUGAGCAAGGAGGGCUUCGAGAAGGUGGACAUCAGCGCGGGCGUGGCCCUGGCCAUGGCGGCCAAGGAGGACGUGGAGCUGCAGCUGAUGCGUCGCGCGGCCGCCAUCACCUCCGAGCUCUUCACCAAGUUCUUCAAGGAGCGCGUCAUGGAGAUCGUCGACGCCGACGAGAAGGUGCGCCACAGCAAGCUGGCCGAGGCCGUGGAAAAGGCCAUCGAGGAGAAGAAGUUCCUGGGCGGGGCCGACCCCUCGGCCGUGGAGAUGUGCUACCCCCCCAUCAUCCAGAGCGGGGGCUCCUACAGCCUCAAGUUCAGCGUCGUCAGGUGGGGAGACAGACCCCAAAACCCCCAUUUUUUGCCCCAAAAAAACGGCGGCUUCGAUGCGGGCGAAAUCGGCGUUUUUUUGCUCCGGGAACGGCCCCGAAACGGCCUUUCUCGCCCCCAAAACGGCCCCUGGCGCCCCGAAAUCGCCGUUUCCCACCCCGGAAACGGCCUCCAGGGGCCCAAAAUCACCGUUUUCCACCCCUAA